GUCACAUUGGCGGGAGGCAGUCGGGAGUUUGUUUAAAUACACAAGCAGAUUUCCAUGACUGGGAUUUCUCUUCUAUCCGGACGGCAGCGCUAUCUCACAAAUAAAGCAGCCGCUGCAUGUCGCUAACGCCAAGAUGUCCACUUCAUCUGUGUCGAAGGGCUGCUUUGUGUUCAAGCCAAGUGCGAAGAAGAAGAAGACCGCUCUCAGUUUGGAGGAUCACUUCGUCCAUGGCUGUGAAGGUGCUGAGAACAGUGAGCUACGAUUCAAACUGUGUCAUGACCUGUGGGACAAAAUUCAAACCGACACAGAGGCGUUACAGGAUGAACUCAACAGGAACAUCUUGGACAGCUUGCUGGACUUCACGAGGAAGUGCUCUUCCACUCGCCAACACAGUGACUGGGCUUCACAGAUGAGGGCCAGUGAGAUUCCCACAGCGGCUCUUGUGCUCGGUGUGAAUGUCCCGGACCAUGACAUGACCUUCCAGAGUCUGUCUGACCUGCUCCAGCAGUCUGUCACUCCCCAUGUGGCCUCUGUACAGGCCAAAGAGUGUGGAGCAUUGAAGCAUUUGAUGAAGAGGGUCCUGGAGAGGUUAAUGGACACUGUUGUGGAUGAUGAGGAUGAGGAAGAGGCUGAGCAGACUAGUGCUCAGCUCAACAAGAGCGUGCACUGCUCCCUCAGUACACUCUGUGCUUGGUACAAUGCCAAAACAAAGAAAUCCAACACUGUCAGUCCUGGAAAAAAGCGUUGUUCUCAUGUCGGAGAUGAUCUGCAGUCUCCACCCCUUGUGAUUAUUUUCAAAGAUCUGGAGGCUUUCAACCCAAGAGUUCUUCAGGACUUCAUACUCAUCUGCAGCCGGUACAUUGAACGUCUUCCGCUGAUGUUCAUCUUCGGUAUCGCCACAUCACCCAGCACCAUCCAACACAUGCUGCCCCACUCCGUGUCCUCCCUGCUGUGUAUAGAGCUCUUCCAGUCCCUCUCCUGUACACAGCACCUGGCCACAGUCAUAGACAAGUUGAUCCUGACGCCUCAGUUCCCUUUUAAGCUCAACGGUAAAGUGAUGCAGGUGCUGAUCAGCAUCUUCCUCUACCAUGAUUUCUCAGUGAGAAACUUCAUCAAGGGCAUUCAGCUGGCCCUGCUGGAGCACUUUCACUCUCAGCCUCUCAGUGUACUGUGCUGUAAAAAGAAAGCGGCUCUGCUGAAUGUGAUGCAUCUUGGUCCCCAAGACUUGGAGAGGAUCAGGCAGCUGCAGUCGUUCAAGAGGUAUGUAGAGAAGCAGGACCCUCAGGAACAAGUCAAUCUGUUCACGGAUGACACUCAUUUAAAGGAGGUGUGUCAGAAACUGAUAAAGAACCUUCGCCAAUAUCACAAGAACUAUUAUCCCAUCCUGAGAUGUCUCCACACUCUGACCUCGUCAUUACCUCGGUAUCCCCUUGGAAAACAGAUCAGAGAGCUUCAUUUAAUUUGUCUGGAUAAGAACAUAUGGGAGAAUGAGGACUACCAGUCCGCCAUGAAGCUUCUAAAGAUGCUGGCUAAAGAUCAGCUGAUUGCUCUGCUCCAGAGGUGUGAAGAGAUUCUGCAGGCUGCCAAGUCGAAGAACAUAAAGAUGGCUCUUGUCCAGCUGGAAGACAUGCUCUCCAAAUUUAAGCAGUUGGACACAGUGGCUGCUGAACCUUCCCCCAGUGUGGAAGACAGCAUCACCUCUCCAGUGAAAAAUCUUCAAAAGAAAACGGAUCUGUUCCAGUUGCAGAAGACGCUGCUGGAGAUGAACGAGUCUCGGAGAUCCAAGAAACUGAGUCCGUUCGAGGCUCUGCGAAAUGAAGCUCUUGAGUUUAUCGACAGCUUAGUGAAGAGUCACCUGUCUGCCCCAGAGUCUCAGACGCUGAAUGAAGUUUGCUACUACACUUCCUCUGCCACUGUGAGACGGCACCUUAACGCAACACCUCGCACUUCCAUUCAGGCUGCACUCAACAUCCCCUACUAUUAUCUUCAGAAUGACCGCCUAAAGACCGAGGAUGGGAUUGUCUCUAAUGCUGCGCCUGAUAUCUGUAUCGUGUACAAACUCCAUCUGGAAUGCGGCAGGCUGAUAAACCUCUACGACUGGCUGGAGGCCUAUUCCACUGUGGUUUCUGCUGCUGAGGGCAAUGACCCAGGUUCUGACAACUUUGGGAAAGUGGAUGAUGUCAAACACGCUCGUUUCAUUCGAGCCGUGUCUGAGCUCGAAUUUCUGGGCUUUAUAAAGUCCACCAAACAGAAGACUGACCACGUGGCUCGACUCACCUGGGGAGGCUGCUGACCAAGAAGAUCCGUCUCCUUUCAUUUAAGCUCUUAUAAGAAACAACUUUGAUUCAUCCCUCCAAAUAAAAUAUAUGCGAGUAGUGACUGAUAA